AUGGCGACGUUAUCUGCGAGGCAAGCCUCCGCGUCCGCCUCCGAGAGUGGCGGUACUGCUGUCCAACCGACCGAGUCUGAAGCCGCGCAUUUCAAUCGGAUAGUAAUGAAGAAGCUGCAAAAGGMCAUGGAUGCGGAUCCAGAGAUAGACUUGAGCUCCAAGCUGCCGCGAAACUAUUCCUCACGAUUAGCUGAUCGGAAGAGCCAAGACAACCAACAGGCUGAAGGCCUGCCCUCUAAACUUAUUAAGCGCGAAGAGCAGGAAUUCGAGUUUCCUCCAGACGACGUCCGUAAUAAGCUGGUAGGCAUUACUGCAGCAAAUAUCGUCUUCCCUUUGGCGGAAUCCGUCCAGAACAUCCUCCACAGUGACUCUUCCAAUCUGCAUCUAGCGGAUGAUUUACACGCUCUCAUCAGACGCAGCACGGUUAUUUGGAAGCCACGAAUAGGUUGCCACAAGAUUGUGCUUUCCAUUGGUUCAGAUAUCUGCCUGAAAAUCAUUCGCGAUAUGGAUGAUACCACCGAGUACACGACCCUUCAAUAUUUGGAGAAGAAUUUGCCAGACAUCCCGGCUCCUAGACCACUCGGUCUUGUGGCAUUCGGGGACCGAUAUUCCCUCCUGUUCAUGUCUCUCAUGCCCGGGACGACGCUCGCGGUUGWUUGGCCAACUCUUGACCACUUACUAAAGUGCUCUGUCCGGGAACAGUUGAACGACAUCUUCAAGUCUCUGCGCUCAUUUCGUCCCUCUGAACAAGAAACUCCACUACCACUAGGAGGUAUAGCGGGCGAAGGCUGCAAAGACCUCCGCAGGCACGUUCGUUCCACCAAAGAACCCAUCUGGACAGUCCAACAAUUCGACGACUGGCAAUUCUCAAACCCUCAUUUCGGAAGCUCAAUCUCCAUUAACGCUCUCCGCAGACUCUCCCCACCUCUUUCGCCUGAUGUUGWACUCAGCCACAAUGAUUUAAGGCCAGACAACAUCACGGUGGAAGUGAAAAAUGGUGAGUGUCGGGUUACAGGCAUCCUUGAUUGGCAGUAUAGCGGUUUCUAUCCCACGUACUACGAAUCUACCAAGGUUAWGAAUGGUAUGGAACCGAAUGAAACGAAUGAUUGGUAUUCCUAUAUCCCGGAGUGUAUUUCCGCGGAACGAAAUCCGUGGAAAUUUCUACUUGAUGCGAUUUGGUGGAAGUUUGUUGAGUGA